AUGGAAGCAAUAAGCUACAACACUGUGAGUCUCAACACUAAAGAUGUGAGUGUGGGAUCUUACCAGAUGUUCAUGGGAUCUCUACGAAGAGAGUUGUACGGUGGAACCGAGAGCCAUGACAUUCCAGUGUUGCGAACAAAAUCCGCUGCGGUCGGAGACAAACAGUUUGUGUAUGUGAAUCUUCACAAUUCAAGUGUCUCCAUCACAUUCGCAGUACUUACUCUCAACGCAUAUGUGGUGGCCUAUCAAGUCGAUGGCGAAGAAAAGCGUUGCUACUUCUUCAAAGAAGCUCCUCCCAAUUCCAAAACUUUGCUUUUCGAUCAAUCUCCUAAGACUAAGAAGGUUGAUGUUGAGCUCGAAACUAAUUAUAAUAGCUUGGGAAUGAAACUAAGAGAGGAAACCAACUUGGGAUUCAAGCCAUUAAACGAAUCCCUUCAAAAGUUCAAAAGUUUUGAUAACAACAAGCCUACCAAAGAUCUUCGUGAGAGUCUUCUAAUUGUUAUCCAAAUGGUGUCAGAGGCUGCAAGAUUCAAAUAUAUUCAGCAGAAACUGGAGUUCCAUGGCUUUCAAUCAGAGUUUCCCCCUAAAGGUGAUAUUAUCAGCUAUGAGAAUAAUUGGAGCGCACUUUCCAUAGCAAUCCAGAAAUCUAAAGAUGGAAAAUUUCCCAAUACAAUUACAUUGCAGAAUGAAGACUAUAGUCAACGCAAGGUGUCGACGGUUGCAGAAGUGAAAGCUGACAUGAAACUCUUGCUGAAUGUUGCCACAGCCACAGCCAUGGCCGAGUUAUAA